UUUAGUUAAACCAGAAAUACUAAAGGGCAUGUACACUAUCCAGAUUAGGUGACAUAGGUUUUACCAAGUAAUUUUUGAACUACUUGGAUGAGGUUUAUAAAGAUAAAAAUGGAUGUGGAUGGUAGAAUAUAGCUAAUAGAACAUUAUAGGACAUUAAAAAAAUACAUGUUUUCUAAUUAGGAUGCUUUUAUUGGAGAAACGGUAGCAGAAAUAUAACAUUUUGAAAUCGUACCAAAUAAUGCAAAUUGAAUUUUAAAAAAUAGCUAGGCCUAUAGAAUACCACCACUAAAGUUGAUCUACAUAAAAACAUCAUCGAAAAUGACCCCUUUUCGCAUCAAAAUAAUGAAAAUGGUAAGAAAAUUCAUGUAAGAGGGAGGGAGAACACAUUACAGAAGAUCCUGCCAUGCCUUUUAAAUGGAUUGAUCAAUUUGAAAUGGAUUAUUGAGGUGAUGUCAGUGUUGAGUAAUUCUGUCAGGCAACAUAACAAAUGGUUAGCAACUGAUUUCUAAUAACCUUUUGGUUUCAGGUUAUCUUGCAAGUGUAUUGAACUCUUCAAGUACAUGUUUGUAGCGAAAUGUUGUUGUGACUUUUAACAUAGAAAACUUGUCAUUUUUUGAGAAACAAGACCUGCCACUUGAACAUCAUUGAACCCAAUGGUUUUAUUACAUUAUGCUAAUAGAUUUAUGUUUCAGGUUUGUCUCUUUAAAAUUGUUGUUAUGGUUUUGAUUGUACUCACAAUGCCAAAGUAAUAGUUUGAAUGAUCUAGGAAUAGGCCUAUUAUGACACAAACCCCAAAGAUUGGAUGAUGUAUUAAACGGGGGCACUGUAAUACACAGAACUUCUUCAUACACAGUUGUACUCUUGGACAUGGUGGUGGACGAAUGGUGUGUCUUGGCACUAUGUGUUCACCAUGGCUGACAUACGACGCGACUUGCAGUGCACUUACUGCUUGCACAGAUUUGCAAGACACCUGCAUCUUCUGACACAUCGGUGUCCAUUCAGGCCAGACAACCUUUGUUAGUUCUAUUAAACAGCACUUACCAAGCCGCUUUCUUCUAUAUUUGGGUUUCUGUUGGUCGCAUUAGUAAGUGCUGUCGGUCACCUGUGUAUCAUGAACAGGUAUGUACAUUGAAAAAGGACACCUAUUUUCAAGCUAAAUACAAGUGGUAUUGGCUCAUAAUUAUACUACACGUAUUCUAUGUUGUUGGUUCUAUGAACUGAACAUCCAAAAAUCGGGAUUCCAAGACGAUUGGGAAUGAAAUCCAUGUGAUUGUUUGUUGACAUGAAACGGCACUCGCUACUAAGAAAACAUCAUGGCCGCUCCUUGCUCAUAUUUCGAGAUCGGCAGUGCUACCCAAGUACCGGGCAGAAAGGAAAUCUACGGUGGCUCAUCGGACGACGGAAAAAGGUGGCGAGGUUUGAACACAGGAAUAAAUUAUACUUACCUCGGACCUAACGACGCUAUCACCUGAACGCCUAACAAAAGAAUUUGCUUACGCUUCCCGGCCACCAUAGUAAUUUCUCGGCGUGUUCCCUCUUUCGGAGGCUAUUGACACUAGCUAAAAGCGGCCAUGAUUUGUUGGAUACACGGCAGCUGAAUGUCAUCUCCGAUUUAGAUGAGGGAUUACAAAAUAUCAAGCACUCGGAUGAAAGUAAUAAGGUGUUGUUCUUAAUGCGUAGUAACAGUAGAAUUACUACAUAUCCAUGCAUUGGGCUCAAUGUUCCGUUGUCAGGUGUUAAUUUGGGGGCGAACUGCAACGUAUUCGGCCGGUCUUAUACACUACGAUCUACUGUGAGCUGGUACGUUGAUGUAUAGUCCAGAAGAUGUCAUGUUGUUGAUGAGGACUUACAUCACGUACCAGUUACUAGGACUACUCAGGAAAUCUCAAGAAGAAGAAAGUAAGUAUGAACUGUCUUUAAUCGGUUGUUUUAAUCUAUAUAUAUGUAUUUACAUUUUAUAUCUUUUUAAGCUACACGGUGAAAAUAAUUACUCUGGUACGUUGAUGUAUAGUCCAGAAGAUGUCAUGUUGUUGAUGAGGACUUACAUCACGUACCAGUUACUAGGACUACUCAGGAAAUCUCAAGAAGAAGAAAAUAUUCUACAUGGUAAGGUGCAGAUUGUGUUCUGCUCACCCGAGAUGAUUGUGAAAAAGCCAUGGAGGCGAAUGCUGACUUCAACAACUUAUAAGGACAGAUUAGCAAUCGUUGCUUUUGACGAGAUGCAUUGCGUUGCCACUUGGCCCAACAUAUAUCUUGAUGUCAUACUAAAAAAACCAGGGGAAGGCAUCGAGAAACACAUUGAUGAAUACAUCCGGGAACUGGGGGAACAGAAACAGAAAGCGCGGAAAUCCAUCAUAUAUUGUUCUUCAAUCAAGAUAACAUCAGAAAUAUACAUCACACUCAUCAAUAUAUUGCUACAGCAGGGUCUGUCGAAAUUGCCCGCCGAAAAACUGGUCGACCAGUUCCACAGUGCAUUAGACAAGGACACGGCAGAUGUCAUUGUGAAUGAAUUUCUGAAGGCAGACAGUCAUAUUCGCUGCCUUGUGUCCACAGUUGCUUUUGGGAUGGGAAUGUCUGUAAACGACAUCGAAAUAAUCUAUCAUUGGGGCCCAUCCCAAAAUGCGAUGAAUUAUUGGCAAGAAGUAGGGAGGGCGGGCCGGGAUGGCCGAUCCUCACAAGCAACUCUGUUAAUAAACCAAAACAUGAGGACAGAGAUCAAUAAACACAAAGGCCAAUUCCCGCCUGUUCAUACUCAACAUUUUCAGGAAGAUAUCUUAAGUUAUUGUAAGGUUGCCAUUGGCAAGAAAGACUGUCUCAGGCGAAACCUUCUCGGAAAUUUCAUCGGCUAUGAAGGCGGAGAGGAAAGAGACUGCUCGGUCAUAUGCAAUUGUAAAACCUGCUGCUGUAACUGCAGUGGUUCCUGUGGCUACACUGAUUAAAGUACAUGUUUAUCAAUACGAAACUGUCAAUAGUGAGUUUCCGCAAACCAGACGAAUAUGAAAUCACGAAUUACGAACUUAAAAUUACAAAGAAACUCUCAUCACAUUUAGCAGUAAGCUGUAUCGGGUGUUAUAUCUUACAUCAAAGUGUAUGCUUUCGUCCAGUUCGUCUUAACAAACGGACGCUGCGACAUUGUAGACUAAUUCGUAACGAUUCGACGAGUUCAUCACCACGACUUCAAAAGUCGCGGCGUCUAGGAAAUUAGAGUGGUGUGGUAAAACAACUUUGGAUCCUGAACGACUCUUCGAAGGGUAACGGACGUUGGUCACCUUAGACACCAAUGAUCUUGGGGUCAUUUCCUCGGAUAAUUACCAAUUCGUAUUUCGUAAUUUGUAAAUCGUGAGAUUUGCAGAAACUCGCUAAUAUUGGCACUUAACGAUGACGAACGACAUGUAUAGCCUAGUAAUAGUAUCUCUCAUCAUUUUCCGGCAAACCUAUGGACGGACAGCUUUCUCGCGGUCAAUUUUGAGACUCAGUGAUUUUAGCUUCGCAACAUAGCGCGGAACGGAUUGGAUGAUCAGAUCUUGAUGGACAAACUCCUCAAAUCCAUGAUGGAAUCGGCCAGGGAUUUCAUUAAACAGCUUAUCCUGUUGGUAUUCAAGCAUUAGAUCCGAUACGAUUUCCGUAACAUCGUGCCGUGCGGCACCACCUUGGCUGGCGUAACUCUCACAGUACUUUUCUUCGUAUAGGAGGAAUAUUUCCUUGCGGGUAGAGCCGCAAAGCCGGCUGAUUUUUUCAGCAUUCGUCUCUGAUACUACACCGCGCUCCUUCAGACCAUCUGCGAAAUACAAAAUAUUUCCAUUUAAAAUAGUUUUUAGUGUAUUCGGGUACAUUGACGAAGUGCAUUGAUGUUCACAUUCAUAACUACUGCUUGUAUAUAGGGAUGAAUGUCACUGAAAAUGUAUUCAUGAUAGACAUAAGAAAUUGGUUGUUCACAAAUGGUAAGUUGCAUCAGAAAAUAUGAAGCGGCCCCCUUCUACAAAUGACGUAUGGUGCAAGGGCACCAAAAGAAGAAAUA